AUGGUGGCUUCCUUUGCCGAGUACAGUGUGAUUCCACAAGAGUGCGCUAUUCCUAUUGAUGAUGACAUCCCAUUGGAUAAGGCUGCUCUCAUCGGUUGUAGCGUCACAACAGGAGUUUGCGCAGCAACCAAUACCGCUCAGGUCCGUCCGGGAAGCAGUGUUGUGCUUUUUGGUGCCGGCGGGAUUGGCUUAAACGUCGUUCAGGGGGCAGCCAUCGCCGGCGCUGAGAGAAUCAUCGUGGUUGAUCUGAUGGACUCGAAACUGGAAAUGGCGCGUCAGUUUGGUGCCACGCAUACAAUCAACGCUAGCGAUGUCGAUCCGAUUCCAGAAAUUCAAGCCUUGACGGAUGGGUUGGGCGCAGAUUAUGCUUUUGAGGCAAUCGGCACACGCACCACCUAUGAACAAACAGUACAGGCAAUACGAAACCGAGGAAAAGCUAUCUGGGUUGGUGCCCCACCCCUCGAACCGCUGUCCCUUGAUGCGGGGAUUGUGUUCUGGGGUGAAAAAACGAUAAUGGGCAGUAACUACGGCUCGGCGCGUCCCCGCUAUGACAUGCCACGUCUGCUUGCACUUUAUCGCGCUGGUAAACUCAAGUUGGAUGAACUGAUUACCCGAACCUAUCAAUUAGAAGAGGUGAAUGAGGCAUUUAGUGACAUGCUCAACGGGGAGGUUGCACGCGGACUCAUCCGCUUCUAA